AUGGCUCCAAACAAUCCUCAACUCCAUUCUGCUGCCACCUUCAACAACCAAGGGUUCUACAAGCCCUCUCGAUACUUUAGGUAUCUUAAACACUUUCACAAUCGCCCAUUCUAUCCAUCCUUUCCCAUUCAACCUUCUGCCUUCAGAAAGUAUGAUCUUGACAUUCCAGAUCUCAUUCACAAGCUUGGCUGGGGUUCUCUCUUUGAGAAUCAACGUUUCAGUCAGUGUCCUAAAGGUGUCAAAAUGUUCUACGCUAGCUUGAAGCGUGGUCCUGGGUCUAGUCCCUCCUUUUUCACUACUGUGGUGUAUAACCAUGAAAUCAAGGUCACAACGUCUCUUUUGGCCGAGACUCUUGACCUUCCUUGUCUCGGAUCUUCUGCUGCCACCAAUGAUGACUUUGCAGACAUCAGAUUUGAAUUCAGUUCUGCUAUGGAGUCCCUCACCCAUGAUAUUGGGAAAUACUACCCUUCCAUACUCUCUGCAGGACGUCUGGCAGAUCAGUUCAAAGUGCUCCAUUUCUUUAUCACACGGAUUCUGCUUCCUCGUAGUGGUUUCUCUGCUGACCUUGUCCAUCCUGCUGAUGCAUGGAUCAUGGAGAAUGCUCGUGAUGGUGUCAAACUCAAUUUCUCUGCGCUUAUGUUUGCUCAUAUGAUCAACUAUGGCGACGAGAAUUACUCUGGUCCUCUUCCUUUUGGCCCCCAAGUCACUCGUCUGCUGUCUCGCGUAGGAAUUGAUCUUCGUGAUAAAAUGCUAGUCUGUGAUGUCCGCAAAGAUCUGCGUGCUUAA